GAACUUGCAGCUUUACAACAACAACAAAACCUACUGAAAAUACUGGCUGAAAAACAGGAACAAUUACGUGCUCUUCAAGGUAGACAGGAUGCUCUGGUAGCUAUGCAUAAAGAAGCAGAGAAGAAACUACAUAUAGCACAAAAUAAAGAGAACAAAGCUAAAGCAGCAGUAAAAACAGCAUCUGAAGCUGUACGUCAUGCCAGUAAUAGUAAUCCUAAUUUAACACCCACUGAUGAUGUAGAAGAGGACCCUGAAGCAGAGUUAUCAUCUACCCAAACUCAACUAGAACAACUUGUGAGGAUGAAAAACAGACUUGAAAUGUUAAAAAAUGCCUCCACAGAACUGGCACUCUAUAGACUACAGUUUUUAUCCGAUCUUGAUGAAACUUGA